GAGAUAGGAACUCCUUAUUAGGUCAUUUAAUUUCCUCCGGUCUGAAGUCCGUGACGCACUUCCUGUUUCAGAAAGAGAAAAUGGCGUCAGGGACAGAGGUUGUUGCUGCCAGCGGUGAAGAGGAGGUUACUGAGCCUUCAACGGGACAGAAGAGAGAGGAGAGGCUCAGGAAGUUCAGAGAGCUUCAUUUUAAAAGGAAUGAGGCUCGUAAACUGAACCAUCAGGAGGUGGUGGAGGAGGACAAGAGACUGAAGCUGCCAUCUAACUGGGAGGCCAAGAAAGCUCGUCUGGAGUAUGAGCUCACUGUGGACCAGAAGAAGAAGGAAUGUGCAGAGCGUGGGGAGGACUAUGACCGCGUGAAGCUCCUGGAGAUUAGUGCUGAAGAUGCUGAGAGAUGGGCAAGGAAGAAAAAGAAGAGGAACCCUGAUCCAGGAUUCUCAGGGUAUGCUGAGGCCCAGUUGAGACAGUACCAGAGACUGACAAAGCAGAUCAAGCCUGAUAUGGACAACUAUGAGAAACAGAGAGAAGAGUGCGGUGAAGAUUUCCAUCCCACACCAAAUAGUCUGAUUCACGGCACUCACGUCCCUUCUAAAGUGAGCAUCGACCGUAUGGUGGAGGACGUUGAGAAACAGAUUGAAAAGCGCUCAAAAUACAGUCGCCGCCGUGCCUACAACGAUGAUUCCGACAUCGAUUAUAUCAACGAGAGGAACGCCAAGUUCAACAAGAAGGCCGAGCGGUUCUACGGCAAAUACACAGCAGAGAUCAAACAGAACCUGGAGAGAGGAACAGCCGUGUAACUAAGGAAACUGUUGCUAUGAAUGUCGCUUUUCCAUCUGCCAAACAACCAUACAGAAGUCAUAAACAAAUGUUCUCUGUUGUGGACAAACCUAUUGAAGAGGAGUAAAUUGAAAUACAUUUUUUGUCUUAUGCUAUCGUUGAAAGUUUUAUUAUUGAUAUGAAUACUUUUACCUGCAAUGCUAAAGUGGACAUUUUCUGUCAGUGUUUCUGCUUUUGUGUGUCUAAAUUCAUUCAGUUUCCACAGUAGUUGACUAGUAGUUAAAUAAAAACAAUUUCAUACCACAA